CGCAGGCGCCCGGGCCGGUCUACCUUGUCAACUGCGAGUCCGGACUGAGGCGGCAGUCGCGGAGUCGGGUGAAAACGGGGGCCUUGGGUCCAAGCGGCCCAAGUCUGCACCCAUUUCUUUCUGAUUCAGAUGGAUCCAAGUGAGCCGAGAAAUUUGCUGGAAGUGCCUGGAGGUUCCCAGCGGGGGAGUGUAUCCUCAUCUGUGACUAGAUACCCAGAGGUAUUGGUUUACCUGGUGAAUGACUCUGUUAUUCAGAUUUCUGUGGAGAGUCUGACGGCCCUUACAGCAGGGGAGCUUGCCAGAACUGUUCGGGAAGCACUGCAGUUGCCUGAUCAGGCUCAAGAGAUUUUCUCGUUGUGGCUGGUUUCGCCUUUCUUAGAGCUGCAACUGAAGCCCAAGCAUCAUCCCUACAAGGUCAGCCGGCAGUGGUCAGAUCUCCUUUACCGAUUUACUAAGUGUUCUGUUGAUGACAUUGUUCAUGAUGAACCGUCGUUGCAGUUUCGAAAGAAUGUGUUCUUUCCCAAAGGCAAAGAGUUACAAAUUGCGGAUGAGGGCAUUCUCCGAUUGUUGUACGAGGAGGCCAAACUUAAUAUCCUGGAGGGCCGGUACCCUUACGACAUGGAGGAUUGUCUCAAACUGGGUGCCCUCACUUGUCGAAUUGAGCUUGGUCCCUUUAAUCAGGACCAACACAAUCUGACUGUCAUCAGGGAGAAACUUGAUAUGUUUCUUCCCACUCAUCUGUGUAAAAAGCACAGUGGGUUCCUGGCAGCAUUCCGGCCUCGAGGAGCCAAGCAGCAUUGCUAUGAAGAGGAGCUCCUGGAAUCCUUCAGGCAGCUGGUGGAUGAUGCAGCGCGUGAGGAGCCAGAAGCCCUGAAACUUCACUACCGAGCGUAUCUGGAAAAAUGUCAUCUGCUACAGUACUAUGGCUCUGCAAUGUUCUCUGGGGAGAUUGAUAAACCAGUGCAGAGCUUUCUGCAUCGGAAUGGGCGGAAACUGGUAACGAUCGCAAUCAGUUUGGAUGGUGUGUCUGUCAUGGACAGUAAGGAAAAGUGCGUGCUCUUGGCCCUAGGUUUUCAUGAGCUGUCGUGGGAGUAUACGUCCUCCGAGGACGAAGAGUCAGAUGACAUCUUGUGGCUGGAAUUUGAUGGAGAGGAAGGAGGAGCUGUCGUAAACAAGCUUUUGAAGAUCUAUUCCAAGCAGGCGGAGCUGAUGAGUGGAAUGAUUGACUACUGCAUUGACUUCAGCAACACCUUCGAGGCACCACCAGCGCAGGACGCUGUUGCUGCAAAACCACCGAGACCAAAGGAGAAACGUGGCAAACUGAAGCGGCAGAACAGCGUGGUGUGCAAUCGGAUCCAGCAGCUGUCAACCAUAGACUAUGUGGAGGAGGGUAAAGAAAUCAAGCGCGUGAAGCCAAAGAGGGCAGCAUCGUUCUUCACACGGCAGUUGUCCCAGGGUCCAGCCUCUUAUACUGCUGUGGAGGUCACAGAGACUCUGGAGCAGGGCUGACCUAACCUGUGGAGAGACACAGAUUUCCAUGGGAGGGGAGG